UGAGGACAGGAGCAGCAUUUCGUUGAUUAGCACAAAUCGCCUUUGCAGGUCACUGAACGCUCAUCGCUCCAUUAUUUUUUUUCUCGCUUGGACGGAACCUGGUGUUUCUCCCGCCGUCCUCCGCUCAACAAGCAUCCGUUCCUGCAUUGCUAACGGCUCCACAUGGGCCGCUCCCUGUUAAAGCAGGCGGCUCGCCUAACGCUCCUAAUCCUGCUCUCAGCCUCCAUCGCAAAUGCUUUACUCUGCCCAAACUUCCAAUGCGGCGAGGGACUAUUCACGCUAGGGAAAUUCUUAGAUCCAAACACGCCGUCGGAUGUCUUUCUCGAGCCAAGUGACCCUCUGGUGGAGGCGUAUUUCUUUCCGGGGCAGAUGUACAACUACAACCAGUACAACAUCUUCGACGAAAUGCUUAGCGAUCCGUACACCGACUGUUACAGGUUCUGCGCGGGUUACAACUCGAAGCUGCCGGCCGACGCGGGCAGCGCUGCCGGCGGAGGCCUGCCCGCCGCUCCCCGGAAAUAUCUUGCGCAGAGCUUUUAGAUAAUGCUAUGUGCAGUGUCCAAUUGUUCAUUUUGUUAUAUUAUAUUAAUUCCUUCGAUUUGUAAUCAAGAUUGAGAUAUAAGUUUUGAAAUAUAAUUAAACGGGUAUG